GUCGCUGGUAUAAGUACCACCAACCAAACUGAUAUUGCACAGAAUUCACUGCAUCUGGCGGGAGGAUGGACGGAGCCGCAGCUGUGGUUCUGAUGCUAUCAGCAAUGGCAGUGCUCCUGUUUGGUGUGGAGACCCAGCAGAGGGUGUGUUACUCCGGUCCCCCACCGGAACCUGAUCCUGAUAACCCGGAGCACUGGAUGAAACAAGUCAUGCAAGAGAUACGGAAGCGAUGUCCGGGAAGGAGGCAACCUACCCCGGUUGCUACGGAGAAACCCACCCCGGCUGCUACGGAGACACCCACCCCAGCUGGUACAGACCCAGAGUGGCGACUGGUGUUCAAAGGCGUGGCAGGAACUGGGGUGAGUCUGUAUGACAUGUGGACCGCAAUGAACUGGAACUCGAGUUAUGAGGCCAGUGGCCAUCGCCGUGAUAAUUCCCUCUACCAAGCCUGGCGCAACGGACAGCUGAAUGUCCGACGGGUAAAUCUUUCCCUACAUGACAGCUCGGGGGUGAGAGCCGAGUUGAUCUUCAGUGGAACCGGCUCCGACAUCAAGAGUUGGUUCACACAGACACGCCUGAUUUCAUCAUCCUGGGAUGAUCUCAAAUCGGCUCAGUUAACUGGAGGUCGUGGUCAGUACUUCAGCAUUUACGGUAUUAAUCAAAGGGAUUGGCGGUUUCACAUCAACAACAACUUUGGAGGAUGUAAGGGAGAUGGAGGCUGGCUGGUUGUGAUCGAGUCUAACUCACUAGUCUGCCCCUGGGACAAACAGACGGCGGCUUAUCCCUACCCAUUCAUACUCUACAGCGCAACCAACAGCACGGUGACGUGGGACCGUGUGCGUUCAAACGAUGGAACAGUUGGAAGGGCAGAUAGCCUUACCAUCCACAUCGAUGCUGAGUGAGCAUGGAUACAACAAUGGCGUAUCAGGAAGGGGAGGAGAAGGAGUGAUCUACAUUACUCAUGUAAUUAACGGAUUCAAACUUAUGCUACAUGUAUGUGAUUAUUUAACCACGCAGUCUGAAUUAGAAUAGCACUACGACUAGUGAGUACAUUUUAUUUAAGGUGCCAUUUACUGCUUUUAAAAAAUGAGUCGCUUCUGCGUAUUUUAAAAUUAAUUGUACUUAAGGCUAAAUUAAAAAAGAAAUGUUUAGCGUCCCCGCCCACUUUCUGUUUAGAGGCUGCCUCCUUUUUUAACACGAAAACAUGAUAAAUUUUACACAGUGACAUCAUUUUGGCCUCUUUGUCUGUUGCAUCUAGCCCAUAUAAAGCUGGUAUGGCAUUCCUGAGUCCAAUCGGUGGCCGUUUAAAAAAAAAAAAUUGUCGACCAU